UAAAAGCACGGUAAUGGUGGCUGAGAGGAGUGCUGACAGGAGCACCUACGUCGCUGCUUCUCACAACUCACAUUAAUAAGGCACAAAAGUAAAAUUUUCAUCAGAAGAAGGCACAAAAGACCUAGAUUUCCUAAUUUGUCCAUAUUAUAGUUGAACCUCAAAUCAGGGAGCUGCUACAUUGUCUGCAAUAGAGCAACUAUGUCUAGCGUCAGAUGGGGAGCUCGGUCAUUAAGGCGACUUUUGUCCUUCAGGAAUGCUAAUAGUAUUAUAAAUAGGAAUGGUUUGAUGUUUGUGCGAAUGACAGAAUGUCGGCCUGAGAGAUGUUCCUGGGUGUUUGUACGACCUAUAUCUUCUGCUUCUCUGUGCUGCCAGACCUCUACUGGUCCCCCAACAGAUGGUGGCAGUGGUGACGAUGGUAAUGAUAAGGACACAGAGAAAAAAAAGAAUGAGAAGAACCAGUUAUGUUGCCCUAAAUGUGGUGACCCAUGUACACACGUGGAAACAUUUGUUUCUUCUACCCGUUUUGUAAAGUGUGAGAAAUGCCACCACUUCUUUGUUGUUUUGUCGGAGGCAGACUCUAAGCGGAAGAAAAAAGAAAAGAGAGAUGAUCAGAGGACCAGCUUUAGCCGUAGACCUCCGCCGCCCCCGAAGAAGAUCUUUGACUACUUGGACAAGCAUGUUGUUGGUCAGGACCGAGCCAAGAAGGUGUUAAGUGUAGCUGUGUACAAUCACUACAAACGUAUCUACCAUAAUAUACCACAGACCAAAACCGAUCCUCUACACCUUGACUCAGCAACUAUACCUCAGGGACUUACCAAUAGGGAUUUGCUGCACAUUGCGGGCAUCAGCCAGAGCCAUGCAUUAGGAGUCACUGGUUACCAGAAUACAGACCAACACCAGCACUUGCAACAGCAAGACCCUCAGCAACAAAUGGAGCAGCAGCAGCAGCAAAAGCAGCAGUCAAAACGGCCCAUGUCCAGUAACUCCCAUGGUUCUGACAUCCUUGAUGCAACCACUCACAAUUUAAGACUAGAGAAGAGUAACAUCCUGCUUCUUGGCCCCACUGGAUCAGGUAAAACUUUAUUAGCUCAGACCAUAGCUCAGUGUUUGGAUGUUCCCUUUGCUAUUUGUGACUGCACGACUCUGACUCAAGCUGGCUAUGUGGGAGAGGACAUAGAAUCUGUGAUUGCAAAAUUGCUUCAGGAUGCUAACUACAAUGUAGAGAAGGCACAGACUGGUAUUGUAUUCUUGGAUGAGGUGGAUAAGAUUGGAGCAGUGCCGGGGAUUCACCAGUUGCGAGAUGUAGGUGGGGAAGGAGUUCAGCAGGGUAUGCUCAAGAUGCUUGAAGGCACUGUUGUUAACGUGCCAGAGCGCAACUCUCCACGGAAGCUGCGUGGGGAAACCGUGCAAGUGGACACUACCAAUAUUCUCUUUGUUGCCUCUGGAGCCUUCAAUGGUCUCGACCGUGUCAUAUCAAGAAGAAAUAACGAGAAGUACCUAGGCUUUGGCAUCGGAGGCCAGUCAGUUGGUCGGCGAGCAGCAUCACAGGCAGAUGUGGCUCACCUAACUGCCAGCACAGAUGCAGAGGAAGACAAUCAGGAGAAAGAUGCUCUCUUAACCAAAGUAGAAGCAAGGGACCUCAUUGAAUUUGGAAUGAUUCCUGUAAGUGUUGACAUGUUUGUGAAACUGCAAUUUGUUCUGUUGGAAAGGUCUCUUUCUCAUAUACAGUAGGGCUCCACUUAUACG